CGGGGGAGCCGGGGGAGCCGGGGGAGCCGGGGGAGCCGGGGGAGCCGGGGACUUUGUUGAACCUCGCUUUGGCCUGGAGCACUCCUUGCUCCAAAGCACCGCUGACUUUGGAGAGAUCAAUUUGCAAUUGCAGAGCCUUCCGCUUGAUGUGCCACCACCACCAAAGCCUCCACCUGCUCUUACUGGCCUGGAAGCGAAGAGCUUGUACAGCCUUGGUGGCAGAGGACAUCUGCCAGAGACCCUGCAAUUUGCACCAACUGAGCAGACUUUCAAGGAGAAGCCUGCAGUAAGAUCGCCCACGUUUAGUCUGGAUGAGUACGAGGAUUGGGAAUACAAAGCUAAGAAGUUCUUCAACGAGAGUGCGUUUCCGAGCCGUGCCACAAGCCAUGUGAGCCAUGCGAGCCAUGCUCCGAGCCAUGCUCCGAGCCAUGCUCCGAGCCAUGCUCCGAGCCAUGCUCCGAGCCAUACAAAUCUUGAGGCUUGGGCAGUUCCAUUUGGAGGCCUCGAUGCCAUAGCUGCAGAUGUGCCAUUUGAUGGAAAAGUUGACCAACUGGAAGCCAGGCUUUUCCAGGAUUGGCAGCUGCAUGCGAAGGAGGCUCUGAUCAACGAGACGCUCGAGGACAUCAACUUUGUCCAGGAAAGCUAUGACGCAGCUGAAAGAGAUUUGGAAUGGCGAAAGGCCACAACGGUGUCAAAGCGGCAAGAGAUUGAAGCACGCCAAGCAGAGAUGGCGGUUUUUCAGAAAAGGGUCAUGCGUCAAGAGCAGGAAAUCGUGACGGACGAGGAGCAUGUGCGCUGCAGAGAGGCACAGCUUGACUCAGAUGCGCAGCACCUGAAGAGGUGCGAGGGCGCAUUGAAGUCUGAAGCAAAACGCAUUAAGCAAAGGCGAGACGACCUGGAAAACAGCGAGCCUAUGCUCCGGAGAAAGGAGGAGGAGUUGGCGCGCAUGCAGGAGGAAUUGUCGAAGCUGGAGAAAGAAGUUUCAGAAGCCGAGCAAGAAAUCCAGCACAGGAGCGCUGACAUUGCAUCAGCGGAGGCGCAAUUGAGGCGUCGCAGAGCCGAGCUUACCUCGCGUCAUGCAGAAGUGGCCGGUGAUAGACGUGUGCUUCACAAUCGCGAGACUGAGAUAGAAGACCGACAAAGCACACUCAAUGCUCAGCGGGGAUCAGCGCAUCCAUCGCAAGCGCAUCCAAUGUCGCAGACAGCACAGGCACCCCAGGCAUUGCAGGCGCCACAGGCAGAAGUGAUGGCACAGGUGCCACAAAUGCAGGCACCGCCGAUGCAAGCGCCGAUGCAGAUGCCAAUGCAGAUGCCAAUGCAGGCACCAAUGCAGGCACCCAUGCAGGCACCCAUGCCAAUGCCGGUUCCAAUGCCACAGCCUGCUUCAGCACCCGAUCCAGUGCAGCAGAAUUUGGCGUUGCAACUCCAACAAACUCAGCAAAUGUUGCAGAUGCAGCAAAUGCAACAGCUGCAGAGGUUUCUGAAGGCUUCAAGUCCUGAAUCAGACGAGUCAGGAAAGGAAAAGGGAAAGGAAAAGGAGCAAGAAACCAAGUUGCAAGCACUGGAGGAGAGCAUCCUUUCCAGAAUCGGGGCACUGCAAAAGCAGGAAGCUGCUUUGAACGCAGUCAUGGGCGCAGCCGCACAGGCAGCAAAGGAAACGCAAGAGGCUACUGCUGCUAUUGUGAGCCAGAGCACACAGGCUGCAAAAGAGACGGCUGCUGCAAUGAUGGCCCAAAGCUCGGAAGCAGUUCGGCUGGCAAUGCGUGAUAUGUCCGAAUCACUGGCCGCAAGGGAACGAGAAGCUGUUGAGGCCAUGAGGGUCAAAGUCAGACGCAAGCGGGAUAUCCGUGUGGAUUCGCCAGAGAUUCCAAAAGUGCUGGAUCUUCCUGCCUCUGAGCCAGCCGGGACCAGGGGUAGUCAGACCCUCGCUGUUCAGCCUCAACCUCAGCCUGUGCAACCCACACCCGUUGAGACCUAUCAGCCUAGUCAACCUAGUGCGACCCCCGGCCGGGCCAGCCACGGCAUGCCAGCUGAACCCGACAGCGAGCUGAUCGAGCCACACAUUGCCAGUCAGGAACCUCAUGUGGCAGACUCGGCUCAGGCUCUUCCGGAGCUUCCCGAAGCCUUGUUUGCACCUCUUGAAAGUCUUGAAGACCCUCCAAUUCAACUUGAAGCAGAGAUCAGGAGAAGCAUAGGCCAAGCUGUUCAAGGCGUUCAAGUCGUUCAAGGCGUUCAAGGAGUUCAAGCUCGCGAAGCGUUGAGAUUUGACAGGGACAGUCAUCAGCUCCGCCCGCUCGGAGUCCGCAAAGCGGCCUUGCGGCCUGGCUGGGGAGCAGAGGAUGCAGCGACAGUCGCAUCAGCUGCUGCGCUUUUGCGAGGAGAGCAGCUGCAAAGGAGUGACUCGGAGGGGGAGCACUGGCGCGUGGGUGAAAGUGACAGCGACGAGUCUUUCCCCAGUGAGAUAUGUAAGAUGGAUGAGCUCAGAGAGCGUCAAUUUAGCAGGACCAGCAUUCUGGAUUAUGGAGCAUCAGGCGAGGCCGUGCAAGAGUACUUAGAUGACCGGCCUGCGCUCGCGUGGGAAGUAGAUCUUAGCGAUUGGCCGAGGACUCCUCAAAAAUUGCAAGGAUCGCUGGCCGAAGCUGGUAGGAAGCGGAUGCUCAAAGCUCAAGAGGCUGCAAAGCGAUCAGUGGACUCACCACGCACGCAGCCGCAAGCUCCGCAGCCGGAGAAAUCCAAGGCCUCCAAGGCGUCCAAGGCCUCCAAGGACUCCAAGGACUCCAAGGACUCCAAGGACUCCAAGGACUCCAAGGACUCCAAGCAUGAAGGCCCAAGGUCGGGCAGAUCCUCGGCCUGGGAGAUCGAUAUGUCAGAUUUGCAAAAGCCAAAGCCGCAGCAAAGGCUGGCAAAACCGAAGCCACAUGCAAAGCAGGCCAAGUUGCAAGCAAAGCCGCAUGCAAAGCCACAUGAGACGAGACCGGGGUCCCGCGCAAAGGACAAGGGAUUGGGGGAAUAUUUGCCAAAGAAAUCUGCAAGUUCGAGUUCCAGGAGCUCAACACCAAAGAGAGCUGCAGAGACCCGCAAACCAAGUCCAAGGAGGCUGAGUGGUUUACAUCUUUGUGACGGCGCUGCCACUCCUGACAUUUGAAUUGAUUUCACCCUGGGCUUGAGCUCAGAGCGCAGCUAAUGACACCGCGUGGUAGUCGGCGACUUAAUGUUUGUUUUGAACGUUAGAUGUCCUCAAUUCUUUGAGUCAUGCCGCAAUGCCAUGCUUUGCUCUGAGCGUGCUUCGGCUUUUCCACGCUUAGCCA